ACAAUACUACUAGUCUGUCUAUCAAAGGCAUCAGCUACAUAGGCCCUAGUUUGUCACCCGUUAAGAUAAAGGCAAUCCUUAAUCCAACCUUUCAACCUAUUGUUGACAAGUUCCCGGAACUUAAUUGCCCGUCGAACGACCUGCCGUGCAUAACCAGCAAUGUUAUGCACCACAUCAUUACCACAGGACAACCUGUGACAUCUAAAGCACGACGAUUAGCUCCUGACAAACUGAGAAUCGCCAGGAAUGAAUUUGACCAUAUGCUUAGCCUUGGCGUCAUUCGACCUUCGAAUAGCCCAUGGGCAUCCCCACUUCAUAUGGUUCCGAAGAAGGAUAGCAGUGAUUGGCGACCCACUGGUGAUUACCGGCGAGUGAAUGCCAAAACAACCCCCGGUUGCUACCCGUUGCCUCAUAUACACGACUUGACGGCAACCUUAUCCGGCGCGACUAUAUUCUCCAAAAUAGACGUGGUUAAAGUGUAUAACCAAAUCCCGAUGGCAACAGAAGACAUCCCGAAAACGGCUAUCAUUACGCCUUUCGGACUUUUUGAAUUUCUACGUAUGCCAUUCGGUCUCCGGAAUGCAGCCCAAACAUUCCAACGCUUCAUUGACGAAGUAUUUCGCGGUCUCGACUUUGUAUACGCAUACUUAGACGACUGCCUCAUUGCCAGUUCAGACAAGGAAACUCACCUUAGGCACUUGGACUUGGCAUUUGACAGGUUACGCCAACAUGGUGUUACCAUUAAUAUUCAAAAAUGUCAAAUCGGUGUUGACUCACUCGACUUUCUGGGUUACACUAUUGACUGCAAGGGCAUUCGCCCACUGGCUACUAAGGUCGAGGCUAUAUUGAACUUUCCAGAGCCACAGACAUUGAAAAGUCUCCGCACUUUUAACAGCUUAGUAAGCUAUUAUCGACGCUUUAUUCCCAACUGUGCCUCUUUGAUUCAGCCAUUGACAGACCUCCUUCGAGGGAAUAACAAGUCCAUAGAACUUGACGCGUCUGCUCGAAAUGCUUUUACCCAGAUUAAAAAAGCUAUUGCGAAUGCCACACUUCUGAUGUAUCAGGAUCCAACGGCACCGUUAAGUAUCUCGGUUGAUGCAUCAAACGCUGCAAUCGGCGCAGUUCUACAACAGCUAGUUGACAAAGAGUGGCAACCACUUGCCUUUUUCUCCCGGCGCCUUCAAUUAGCCGAAACGAAGUACAGCACAUUCGGCAGAGAACUUCUGGCUAUGUACUGUGCUAUACGACAUUUUAGACAUUCGGUAGAGGGUCGUGAAUUUAUAAUUUUUACGGAUCACAAACCUCUGACGUACUCUCUGAACUCACCUUCAGAUAAGUAUUCACCCAGGGAAUCACGACAACUGGAUUACGUCUCACAGUUUACAUCAGAUAUUCGCCAUGUAUCUGGAGUAAACAACACUGUGGCAGAUGCCUUGUCGCGCGUUUGUUCUUUCACCCUGGCUCGUCUUCAAAAAGAAGAUGCCGAACUUCAACAUGAGUUGUCGAAAACAACUCUACAAUUAGCUGAGAAACCCUUAGGUAUGGGAAGAGAUACUAUUCUAUGCGACAUUUAAUAAUAAUAAUAAUAAUAGUAUAUUCUCAUUUUGUACAUGAGAGACGCCAGUUUACAGGCAUCAUCAAUAUGAUAAAUUACAUAUACGAUUAGUAAUCAUAAUUAAUAAUGUUUUAAUAAAAUACACAUUUUUUCCUACUUGUGUAGGACACACCAAAUAUACAGGCAUGGGUCUGUGGGAACAAUAUGAUAACCAGUCAUUCAAUGGAGCACGUCAUGAAAUAUAGGAAUAUUAACUUCGCAUUAACAAAAAAACCCAAGUAAGUUUUGGAUGGAUUAAAAAUACUUGGGAAAAAAUAAAGCUUGAAGUAAUUCCUCAAUAUAACUUGGGUGUGUACAAAUCCGAAUCUUAUUUUUGAUUUGAUUUAUAUCCAAAUUGGGUAAUAAGGAAGCUAUUUUACAGAUACGAUCAGUUAUGUUAUAAGCUACAAUCGUGACGUUGUAUUACAAAUAGAUACUUUUCCAUUGGUAUAAGAGUAUAUUCCACAAAUGUAAUCCAGGUUGCGUCGUGGAGAAAGUUAAUUCGUUAUUAACCAGGCAACUGAAAGAUACGGGACCAAUAAUGUUUGCAGAUCAUUUGUCAUUGUAAAUGGUCAAAUAUCCACAUUAUUCAUUCUCAUUCAAAAAGUCAAAUGGAAGCUGAAAUGGUGAAAGAAAAAAGAAGACAAACAACAGCAACGCAAAAGAAAGCAACGGGAGUCCUUAAGGAGUGAUUAAUAAAUAUAUACAUAUAUAUUCUGUUUUGUAACUAUGCUUAUUUUUUUUCAUAACUAACUAGUCCCGUUACGCUAACUUUUAUAUUAUGUGUGAACUAAUAUUACUGUCCUGUGUAGAAAUGUUUAUCAUCUAGUUCCAAUAAUAUUAAAAUUUAUAAUUGUAGUUUGUUGUAACUACACGUUUAAAGAACUUAAAAUAUCUAUGUAGGGUGAAAAAGAAGGUGUAAGAGUCAGGCGCAAAAGUGCAUUGUCAUCUUUGAGCAGUCUGGUGACUGAGGAGAUGAACACUGGAAGUGUGUUUGCAUCGCGCACAUUAGCUGGUAGUCUAUUCCAAAUGACUGAAAACUUAUUUAAGAAGAAGUUGUACCGCACGUAAGUCUGACAG